CUCGCACCGGAAGCGCCGCCAUGUUGGCGGCGAGCGGGAGAAGAAGCGGCGAUGGCGGAGAGCGGCGGGUGCUGCCUGCGGCCCUUCUCCUGCGAGCAGGGGCUCCUCUCGCGGCCCGACGGCUCCGCCGCUUUCCUGCAGGGCUCCACCUCGGUGCUGGUCGGACUCUACGGUCCCGGAGAGGCCAAAGGAAACCGGGAACUCCCGGACCGAGCGGCGCUCGAGGUGCUGCUGCGCCCCAAAGUGGGGCUGCCAGGGGUUCUGGAGCGCAGUCGGGAGCAGCUGCUGCGUCAGACCUGUGAGGCCGUACUUUUGGGGGCGCUGCACCCCCGAAGCGCCGUCACCAUCGUCCUGCAGGUCCUGAGCGACGCCGGUUCUCUGCUGUCGUGUUGCCUGAACGCCGCCUGUUUGGCCAUGUUGGACGCGGGACUUCCGCUCUCGUCCCUCUUUUGCGGCGUCACCUGCGCCAUCGAUCCUUCCGGAGCCAUCGUCUUGGAUCCCGACGCCCAGCAGGAACAGGGAGCUCGCGCCGUCCUCACCUUCGCCAUCGACAGCGCCGAGAGGAAAGUCCUCAUGGCCAACACCAAAGGGAAUUGCUCCGUAGGGGAGCUGCAGCAGAGCCUCGUGGCCGCCCAACGCGCCGCCGACACCAUCUUCCAGUUCUACCGCGACUCCGUCCAGCGCCGAUAUUCCAAGUCGUGACGGAGCCGAUAUUCCAAGUGUUCCCCCUUCUCUCCUGGUGCAUCUCGGGGUCCAUCGUGGGAUGGAUCGUAUGCGUACACCCAAGAUGGCGGCUGAGGGGGGGACGUCCCACAAGGGUACACUCAAGAUGGCGCCUCAUUGAGGUGAAUGUGACCUUCCCAAGAUGGCGUCUCAUUGAAGUGAAUGGGGUGACCUUCCCAAGAUGGUGUCUCAUUGAAUUGAAUGGGUGUGACCUUCCCAAGAUGGCGUCUCAUUGGAGUGAGUCUGAGAACUGUGACCUUCCCAAGAUGGCGCACAACGGUACACUUUAAAUGGGGUUCAUUGAUGCCGAUGUGUGUAACCUUCCCAAGAUUGUGGUUCAUUAAAAUGAAUG